AUGAUAACUAUUAUUGGUUCACUUAACUACGAUCUUGUCACAUACACCAACAAAGUACCCGAGGCAGGCGAAACAUACUCCGCCAACUCGUUUGAGAAUCAUCUAGGAGGAAAAGGUCUCAAUGAAGCGUUGGCGUGUGCCCGAUUGUCCAAGAACGCAGCAAACCACGUGAGAAUGGUGGGAAAUGUGGGCUCCGAUGGUUUUGGAAAGGAGUUAAGACAGGCAUUGGUGGAUGCUAAAGUGGAUACGAAGUAUAUCCAGACGUUGAAUGACGUACCUUCUGGAGUUGCAGUAAUACUUGUUGAAACGUCAGGAGAAAACCGGAUAUUGAUAACUGCUGGAGCCAAUGGUGAGUUGAAGCCUUCAGAUGCUGAUUACGAACAAUAUUUUGGCGACCAGAGUGGAUCUUGUGAUUAUGUCGUGCUACAGAACGAAUAUCCACACACUCGCCAGUCAAUUGAAUGGAUCAAAAAGAACAGACCUUCCAUCAACAUAGCUUACAACCCGUCGCCAUACAAGAGUGAGUUGAUCACGCUGGAGCUUUUGCUGCAGAUCGACAUGUUGAUUGUGAACGAAGGAGAGGCAUUAGACGUAGCAUCCAGCGUUUUGCAUGAAUCCGAACUUGGCACCUUUAAGAAAACCAUUGCUAAAGAUGAAGUUGCAGGAUUCUCUCAAUUGGCUGAAAAGCUUCAGGGGAUGCUUGAUCCCAACAACAUUGCAGUGACCAUCAUCACCAUGGGCAGUAAAGGAUCAGUAUCUGUGGGCAAGAACGAGAGCGUUUUUUUUGCAAAGUCUUUGAAGGUUGAUACGGUUGUCGAUACCACGGGAGCAGGAGACACGUUUUUCGGUGGUAUUGUUCUGCAGCUCAGCUCUGGAGCAACAUUGCAAGAGGCGGUAAAGUUUUCUACCACGGCUUCUAGCCUUGCUAUCCAGAAGAAAGGAGCAGCGGAGGGUAUCCCAUUCUACGAUGAAGUUGUAGCGCAUAUUAAUAAUUAA